AGUCAUAUCUGUGUGUCUGUCUCUAGUGGAGAGUCAGGAGCAGGGAAGACGGAGAGUACCAAGCUGCUGCUCCAGUUCCUGUCUGUGAUGUCCCAGAAGUCUGCCGGGACAGCCCAGUCUGAGAGGAGCAUCCGUGUGGAGCAGGCCAUUAUACAGAGCAGCCCCAUCAUGGAGGCGUUUGGGAAUGCCAAGACGGUUUACAACAACAACUCUUCCCGCUUUGGGAAGUUUAUCCAGCUCCACUUCUCCCAGAGUGGGAACAUCCAUCCAUGGAGGCUGCAUCAUAGAGCUGUAUCCCUAAAACACUCUUUACACUUCAGAAUUUUACUUGAAAAGAACCGUGUGGUGAGACAGAACCCUGGAGAGAGGAACUAUCACAUCUUCUAUGCUCUGCUGGCCGGGGCCACGAGAACCGACAGAGAGCUGUACUUCCUGUCUGAGGGCCCAGAGUCGUACCACUACCUGAGUCAGUCUGGCUGUGUGAAGGACAGGAGUCUCGAUGACCUGAAGCUAUAUGACAGUUUUAUGCUCG